AUGGCUGCGGCAAGAAGGCAUGUUGAUGAAGGAGAUUUGAACUUUGUUUUUAAGCGCCUUGGGGAGCGAGGAAAUGAAGCUGAGUUAGUCAAAAAGAGAAAUGAUCACGUCACUGGGCCAACCUUGGAGCGACUAACGGAAUUCUUCAUGGAAUGUACCGAGAAUCAAGUCAUAGCCCGACCCUAUGGGAGUGUAGCUGAAGAUUUGAUGUGUCUCUCACCCGAUGAUUAUGGGAAUACGGACAUCAUGGUGUUCCCAAGCUCUGAGGCCUUUUUGAUUCACGAAGAAGUGGUCGAUCAUUCACUGGAAAGUCCACUGCAUGUGAGAAUCAGAGCCGGCGAUCAUCCCGUAUUGCAGUCGUGCCUUGUAGAAGGUACAGAAUACCUGGCCACUUUAGCACUAAAGAACUUCCAUCCUGCAAUUUAUGGGAGCAAAGCGUGUGAAUUAAUGCAUCAUUUUACAUGUUGCUUGCGAAUAUUCUCCAAGGAUGAUCUCAAACACUCUCUUCAAAUUGUUGCGAAUUGGAAGAACGAGAAAACCAGCCCAGCUUUUACCACUGAUUGUAUGGAAUCGUCUGAUACUCUCCACCAACAAUUGCAAAACAUGACGGAGUCAAAGCGGCUGCAUAGUUUGAACAGCGCUGAGUGGGAAUGGUUCCUCGGUGCGAUAUGCAGGGCAAGGGGAGUCGAAUAUACGAGAGAGCACGCCGCAGUUAUGGACGACUUUCUACAGUAUAUGAGUGAGUUACAGGAGUCCCUGACCAAACGUGGCCCUGAUGAUAUUUACGAAGGCUUUCCAGCUUACCUACAUGAAAUGAUGUCGAGCGAUGUAGUUCAAAACUUCAAAGCCCGAGUGAAAGCUAUUGAAAGCCGAUCACCAAACGAAAGCGUAAGUCAGGCGGAAGUGAUAUAUUCUGAUGUUUCAAGCGUCACGCCACGUAAGGCAGUUGAAGGCGGAAGUAAAACAGAAACUGACGAUUAUGGAAAUAAUGUCAUGCUAUCAAACAACAACCAUCCUCAGACGCUUCAAAUUCAAGACUUAGAGUCCACUUCCUCCCAUGCCAUGGAGUACGUAAGAUGUCCAAACGACCUUCAGCCUGAAAAACCAACUAAGGGAGAAGAUCCGACUAACCUGACAAGACACAUGGCAAAAAAAGAUAGCGAGCAGGUUCGAGAUGAAACCCAAAUGAAACAGGAGACCACAAUUGAAAAUGAAAAAGACGACCAGACAGGGGAAAGCGAAGAAAGAUUCGAUUUCAAGCCACUUUUGUACCAUUUAUUCGAGAAAGAAGCAGAAGUCAAAGAGCCGUCUGAAAAUGACACAGCCUAUUUAAAAAAAAAGACAGGAAUUGAUCUUGUGCCCGCCCUGAAAUCCCGAGGAUGGCCGAAGUCUGCACGAGAUUGGCUCGAAAGAGAGCGGAAAUGGCCUUCCGUCGAAAUGGUGACUAAGAUCAUUGACGAAGGCUACCACCUGGUUGUCAAAUCUCCAAAGUACAGUGAAAUUCCCGAGUGCGACUUCAGAAUCUCAUUUUCUCAUGCAGAGUACCUGCUAAGCCAAGAGAUGAAUGAAAUCCAACGCGAGUGUUACCGUUGUUUGAAGAAAUUAUACCGUGCUUAUCUUUCCAGUCCAGCAGGUUUGGUGUCAUUCCAUCUCAAGAACCUCUUUUUGCAAACAAUAGAGGAGACUGGUGCCGAGAUGUGGAUCGAGGACAAAAGAGCCGAAUGUAUGAUAAAGCUCCUCGAGAACCUGCUAAAAGCUUUGAAAGACAAAGACUUGCGACAUUUCUUCGUGAGAUCCUACAAUCUCUUUGGUGUUGAUUACAUUGUCAAACCCGAAACUCUUGCAUCUUUGGCCGAGAAGGUGGAGAAGAUUAUGGAAAAUCCGUUAGAAUUUUCCCAAGCGUUGAUCCAGCAGAGUGAAGAAAAAAAGAAAAUUCAAAAGGAGACAUUCGAAAAAGAGAGCAAGCAAGGGGUGCCUUCAACAUCAGGACAUGGAAGAGCAGCUGAACCAAGGGGCAGCAAUGAAAACCUAGCAAACAUGGAAAUAAUGAAAGACGCUGUGUUGCACAACUCCCGACUGAGUGGCAACCUACUUCCCAAACAUCGAUACCAUGACUUGCAAGACCUUUACCUCCAAGUCGGCACAGAGUUAGUGGAAAAAGCUUUAAAUGGAGAUGAAAUUCAUGAUCCUCUUGAAAGAUCCCUGGUGAAAGAUCUUAAAGAAAUGAUACAAAGCCAUGAUUUUCAGACUGAACAUUUCCUUCAAAUGUUGAGAAACGGCUGGUCUAAUGCUUAUUUCAGGAUCUGCCUCAGUACCGAGCUGGAAAUGAGGCGCCGAAUGCUUGAUGCAAUUCGCGGUGAUGUCGAAACGUGGAAGUACCUUUUGAGGCAGGAAGACCUGGCGUCAGGGAACGAAGAAGCCAUAGCCAACCGAAUGCUGGAUCCAUCCAAUGAGGAUCGUUUUGACCUAAGCAACAUAGUUCCAGCUGGUGGAUUUGUACAGUACCUGCGCAUGUUCCUCAAUGGUGUUGCCCACAGGCCACCUCAACCAGCGCAGGCGCAGGCGUCUCAAGAUGUGGAUGAUAUACCUUUAGACUGAAUUGAACUAUUAACCGAGGGAUAUAAACUACUUCUCUUUUAGGGUUACUCCCUUUAAUUGACUGCCUAAGGAAAAAUGGGCUGGAGUUUCUUUCAUGAUGCGAUGUACCCACUCACGAGACAAAACAAGUAGGCAUUUUUCUUUAUGACAAGAUUUUUUUUCGCUUUUUAACUGACCAUGAACUAUUUUAUGAUUUUUUCAAAUGUUUCUUCGACAACUGUUGCAAAGUAUUUCCAAGCGGCGCCCAAUACCGGUUGCAUGGUUUUCGCGUUUGUUACAUAUUUCAAGCAUGUAUGCGUUUUUGCCUUGGGAACUCUUCGUAUGUGCCUCAAUGGGUUCUACGUUUUUUUCCUGUUUUGAAGGACUUUGGUUGCCUAAAUCUGCCUUUAUUUGACUAAAAAGCAACCUAUAUAAUGCUCUCGAUAGUUUUCCUAGACACCAGUCCCGAGUCCAUUCCAGUGUUCAUUCUAAUAUUUCCAGCUGGCCUCUCAAUACAGGCUGCAAAUUGGACACUGAAUGCUAUUAAAAGGGGAAAGCCGAAAAGCUCAAAGAGUUUGGUAUUGAUAACGUGAAAACCGACUUCAAAUAUGGCCAAAUUCACCAAACCAAAGUUUUUGACGUCCUCGUCUCCAGCCCCUACCCCGCCACUCUUUUCCCUUAUUUUGGAUAAAAAAGAGGUUGGCCUGGGUAAGAGAAUCACUCGCCUUUCGAAAUUGAAACUCCUUUGGACCUGAUUGAAUUGUUUUUACGUGCCUUUCGCUUUCGUUUCGGGUAAUAAUGGCUGUGUCGAGACAUUGUGUCGACGAAGAGGAACUGAACCUCGUGUUUAAGUGUCUUGGGGAGCGAGGAAGAGAAGCAGAGUUAGUUAAAGAGUACGACGAAAAAUGUCUCAGCUUUCUUUUAGCGAAGCUUACGGAGGCCUCGACUAAAUUUACCGAAAAAAAACUUGUAGUCCGACCCUAUGGCAGUGCAGCGGAAGAUUUGAAGUGCUUAUCGCCAGAAAAUUAUGGAGAUAUAGACAUUAUGGUAUUCCCAACCACAGACAGCUUGAUCAUUCACGAAGACAUGCUCGAAUAUUUACCAGAAAACCCCCUCUAUGUAAGGAUCAGAGCAAGCGACCAUUCCGUGUUUCAGUCGUGCCUUGUAGAAGGUACAGAAUACCUGGCCACUUCAGCGCUGAAGAACUUCGAUCCUGCGAUUUAUGGGAGCAAAUCGUCCGAAUGGUUCGAUUAUUUGAAAUAUAGCUCAAACAUAGUCUCCUCCGAUGAUCGUUCGCCCUCUCUUCAGUUCGUCUACGGUUGGAAGAACAACGAAGUAGGCCCGGCGUUUACGAUUGAUUCCAAGCAGUGGUUUGGAACGACCCUCCAACAACUGCAAAACAUGACUAAGUCAAAGAGGGGGUGUAGCUGUGAAUUGGCUGAUUGGGAAGGGCUGGCUAGUUCGAUUUUCAAUGCAAAUGGAAUUGAUUACACACGAGAACACGCUUCUGUUAUUGAAGAUUUACUUCGCUGUGUGGGUGAAUCACAGGCUUCACUGAUUGAAAGUGGCCCAGAUGGAUUUAUCCGUGGACUACCCAUCCUCUUUCAAGAAUUUAUAUCAAGCGAUGAGAUGCAAAGCUUCAUAACCCGAGUCAAAGCUAUUGAAAGUCGAAAACAAAACGAAAGUGAAAGUCGGGCGGAAGCGAUCUGUCACGAGGAGACCGGUGUCACGCAACAAAAGCGUCACACUAACGAAGUUGAAAGAAGUUCAGAACCUGCCAAUUUUGGCCCCAGUCUAACGGCACGAAAUCGUAGCGACGCUCAGACGCCUGGCAAUCAAGACUUGGAGUCCACCUCUUCUGAUGAGAUUGACAAUACACGAAUCCCAGACGAGUCAGUGACUGAACAACAAAACGACAGGGAAGGUGCGCGAGAAACAAUCGAAAACACCUCAAAACAAGAUGGCGGAGCGGUUCAAAAGGAAUCCAUACCAGAAUUGAAGAACUCCGGUGAAAAAGAAGGACCGACCUCAAAAGGUGCAGCAGGAAGUGACAAAGCCAAACAUGAGGUGGAAUCUGGAGAAAGAGAGAAAUUUCAUCUCAAACGAUGGCUCAACCAUUUGAUUGGGGAAGAAAGUGGAAACAAGGAGCAUCGUAUCGAAGAGAAAGACUCUAUCACACGUAAGAGGGGAAUUGAUCUCGUGCCUGCUUUAAGAUCCCGAGGAUGGCCGAAGGCUUCACGAGACUGGCUCGAAAGAGAGCGGAAAUGGCCUUCCGUCGAAUUGGUGACUAAGAUCAAAGACGAAGGAUACCACCUAGUUGUCAAAUCUCCAAGGUACAGUGAAAUUCCCGAGAGCGACUUCAGAAUCUCAUUUUCUCAUGCAGAGUACCUGCUAAGCCAAGAGAUCAACGACAUCCAACGCGAGUGUUACCGUUGUCUGAAGAAAUUGCACCGUGCCUAUCUUUCCAGUCCAGCAGGUUUGGUGUCGUUCCACCUCAAGAAUCUCUUUUUGCAAACAAUAGAGGAGACUGGUGCCGACAUGUGGACCGAGGACAAAAGAACCGAGUGUAUGAUGAAGCUCCUCGAAAACCUGCUAAAAGCUUUAAAAGACAAAGACUUGCGACAUUUCUUCGCGAGAUCAUACAAUCUCUUUGGUGUUGAUUACUUUGAGAAUCCCGAAAAUCUGGCAUCUCUGGCCGAGGUGGUGAAGAAUAUCAUGGAAAGUCCGGUUGAGUUUUGCAAAGCACUGAUCCAGAAAAAUGAAGAUGAUACGAAGCAACUUAAAAAGAAUGAACCACAACAAGACAGCGGGCGAGCGGUACCUGGAAGAGCAACUGAACCAGGAAGCGUCAAUGACAACCAAGGAAACAAAGAAAUUACGACAGAUACUGUGUUGCACAGCCCUAAACAAUGUAGCAACCUACUUCCAAAUUAUAGAUCCCAUGACAUGCAAGAUAUGUACCUCCAAGUCGCCAAAGAGUUGGUGGAAACAGCUUUAAACGGAAAUGAAAUUCAUGAUCCUCUUGAAAGAUCCCUGGUAAAAGAUUUCAAAGAAAUGAUACAAAGCCAUAAUCUUCAGACUGAGCAUUUCCUUCAAAUGUUGAGAAGCGGCUGGUCCAAUGCUUAUUCCAGGAUCUGCCUCCGUACCGAGCUGGAAAUGAGGCGCCGAAUGCUUGAUGCAAUCCGCGGUGAUGUCGAAACGUGGAAGUACUGUUUGAGGCAGGACGACUUAGCGUCAGGGAAUGAAGAAGCCAUAGCCAACCGAAUGCUGGAUCCAUCCAAUGAGGAUCGUUUUGACUUAAGCAACAUAGUUCCAGCUGGUGGCCUUGCACAGUACCUGCGCAUGUUCCUCAAUGGUCUUGACAACAGGCCACCUCAACCAGCGCAAGUGCAGACGAUCCAGGCUGUGGAUGAUAUACCUUUAGACUGA